UUUUUUUUCGACUGGUUGAGAGGACAAAAAAGAAAAUGGUCUAUAAAUCUAAACUUCCUAGCAUUGAAUUACCAAAAUCUGGAAUUAUUCAGUUUAUUUUUGCUAAUAAGAAUAUAUCUGAAGAUAAGCCUGUUUUGAUUGAUGCCAUUGAUAAACGCUUCAUUACAUAUGGUACAUUAAAGGAUUCUAUAUUACGUUUUGCUGCUGGUUUGCAAGAUGUAUGUGAUUUCAAAAACGACGAUGUUAUGGCCCUCUAUGCUCCUAACCAAUAUAACUAUUCCAUCCCACUUCUUGGUGCAGUUGCUGCCAAUGGUGCAACUACUCCUGCUAAUCCAAAUUAUAAUGUGGAAGAACUAGCAUACCAGUUAGAAAUGACAAAGGCAAAGGUGAUUAUUUGUCAUGAAGAAAAUAUGAAAAACGCUCUAGUAGCUGCUGAACAUGUCGGUAUCCCUAGAAAGAAUGUUUUUAUUUUUGGUAACAAAGCAAUUGAUGGAGUUCAACCUUUUGAAACAGCACUUAUGGGUGACCGUAGGGCUUUUCCUGAAGAACUUACAUAUGAGCAAGCUAAGGAAAAAGUUGCUUAUCUUUGUUUUUCAUCAGGUACCACAGGUAAAAGUAAAGGAGUCAUGACAACUCAUUUAAAUAUUACUGCUAAUACUUGUCAAUAUAUUGCACUGGAAAAUGCUUUUAUUGACCCUAACAUUGAUCGCAUGAUUGGUGUACUUCCAUUCUUUCAUAUUUUUGGACUUACUAUUAUCUUACAUUCUGCUUUGUAUUUGGGUAUCCCCGUUUAUAUUUUACCUCGAUUUGAUCUCGUCAAGUUCUGUGAGACGAUUCAAAACGAUAAGAUUACUUAUGCUGCUUUAGUUCCUCCAAUCUAUCUUUUAUUGGCUAAACAUGAAAUUAUUUCUCAUUAUAAUCUAUCGUCUUUCAGAAUUGGUAUCUCUGGUGCUGCUCCACUUUCUGCAGAUCUUGGUAGAGAAGUUAAAACUCGUUUGCCUCAUUUGACCAUCAAACAAGGCUAUGGUUUGACCGAAACUUCUCCCUCAGCAAUUAUAGAACCUACGAAUCGAACCAUUGAUGGAUCUACAGGUAUUCUUCUUCCUAACAUGUUUGCAAAAGUAGUUGAUGAGAAUGGCAAUGAUGUUCAUCAAGGCGAGCGUGGAGAACUUUGGCUUAAAGGCCCUAAUAUUAUGAAGGGUUAUAUCAAUAAUCCAGAAGCUACAUCAGACUGUAUUGAUGAAGAUGGAUAUUUUCAUACGGGCGAUGUGGUUAUUGUUGAUAAAGAUGAACACUUUUAUAUUGUGGAUCGUAUUAAGGAAUUAAUAAAAUAUAAGGGUUUCCAGGUUCCUCCUGCUGAACUUGAGGGUAUUCUGCUUACACUGUCUAUUGUUGCUGAUUGUGCUGUGAUUGGUGUUUAUGAUAACACUCAGGCUACUGAAUUGCCUCGUGCCUAUAUUACUUUAAAACCAGGAUAUAUCCCAUCAGAAGAAACAGCACAAGAGAUCAUGAAAUACGUUGCUGAUAGAGUUGUCCCUUAUAAGCAAAUACGUAGUGUUCGUUUUAUCGAUGUUAUUCCCAAAAGUGCCUCUGGUAAAAUUCUUCGUCGUGUAUUGCGUGAUACUGCUCAUGCAGAAGAAAAGAAAGCUGUAGCUUCCUCACACAAAUCUAAGUUAUAGAAGGUAUCAUUACACUUUCGGCUCUAUAGCUAGUUAUCAUUAUUACUUUAUAAAAAAAAAAAAAAAAAAAAAAA